CUACCCCUCCAGUGUAGACAAGUUUUCUUGCAUUUCAAUGAUUUUGACAAUGAAACCAUCGUUUCUUUGAUGCAGAAAUUUACGGAUUUAGACGCGAGAAGUGUGUGUUUGGUGGUUAUGGUUGCAUGCUUUGGCGAAAGGGACUGAAAAACUUAUGGUUCGCGGGAACGUUACCGGAGGACAGUUCGACCAUCUAUUUGGCCUUUUGUUUUUGUUGGAUGCUUGAAUUUUAGUUCUGUCACUUGCGUGGGGUAUUUGUAGGGCGAAACUGAUAAAGUUGGCGAACUUGGCCAGUAAUAUGCUCAAUGGUUUCCCAAGUGGAUGUCUUGAGCGAUCGAGAAAAGGAGAUUUUGUCGAAUUAUGACAGCCGAUUGUACGGAUUUUUGCGAAUUCAGGACCCAGUUGGAGAUCCAUCUUUGCCUGACCUGAACCACAAAUCGUUAUUGCUUAAGGGUGUAGCAUUUCUCGAGAAAGAAUUGCAACGAGAAGGGAAGUCAGUACAUCCCUCCACAUUCUGUAGACUGGGACACAUUCACCUGUUGCUUGACGACUUUCCUAAAGCGCUUUCAGCUUACCAAAGGUUCUUUAACGUUCAACAGGUCGAUUAUUGGAAGGAUGCAACAUUUCUUUAUGGCCUAGGGAUUGUUUAUUUUAAUUUCUCAGCAUAUCCCUGGGCAGUAAAGAUUUUUCAGCAAGUGUUGUACAUAGAUCCCAGCUUUAAUUGUUCCAAUGAAGUUCAUCUCAGACUGGGGAUCAUACUCAAAGAACAAGGAAGCUGUGAAGCUAGUAUUAAACAUUUUCAGAUGGCAUUAAUGGAUUCCAGUCCUUGUUCAUUAUCUAAAGUUGAAAUCCGCUUUCACCUGGGACACCUUUUCGAGAUGCAGAACAAGUGUGAUUUAGCACAGGAAAUGUACGAGACAAUCAUAGAGAGUCCUAACACACCUAAUGCUGUCAGGGCUAAUGCUUACAAACAAUUAGGAUGGAUGUAUUACAACAAAGAGCACCUGGGGGACAGAACAUCCAGAAUGGAAAAAGCUGUCCAGUUGUUACUGAAAGCUAUUGAGACAGAUCCAAACAGUGGUGCUGCAUGGUAUCUAAUUGGCAGGUGUUACGCCAUGCAAGGAAAAGUUCAUGAUGCCUUCACUUCAUACCGUCAUGCCAUUGAUAAGUCAGAGGCAAAUGCCGAUACAUGGUGCUCCAUAGGUGAUGCGAUUGCAUGUUACAGUGCUGCUAGGAAAUAUGGUGCAACUGAUAAUACAAUUGAGGCUCGAGUCAAGGCACUGCAAGCCCAGCUGGCUAUGAUGCCUCAGCAAGGGAAAGCACAAAAGAAGAAUAUUCCAUCUGUCGAUGAGGCUUGGCAGUUACCUAUUCCAGCAGAGCUUACAACAAGGACAAUAAGGAAUGCACAAGUAAAGCUAUUAACAAGUGCUCAGAUGCAAGGUCUACAGCAACAACAACUACAACAAAUAUACUUACAACAACAACAACAACAACAACAACAGGUUACAGAGCCAAACAAUGCACAGGCUCAUAGUGCAGUUCCUAUGGAGAAUGCAGUCAUGUAUUCUGGUAAAAAUAUGGCGAACCAUGUUUCUUUGCAGGACGGGAAGGGUGAAAAUCAUGAUGGACUUAAUCAAGCUUCUGUUCCUGCUUCAAGCUCAGGAGAAAACUGGUCUAAUGCAGUACAACCACAAAAUGGUCAAAUUUUGGUUUCGACAUGCUCUGAAAAUCAAUUUGCCAAAUCUACCGACAGUUUGACACAAACUGUUACAUCUAUCAUCGCAACUCAAGGAAUUACGCUUUCAUUACCUGGGCCGUUCUCGCAGUCAGAGUCAAUUUUCACCGAGGCGCACAGUAAUUCAACCGUUGCUGCCAUGGAAACCUCUCUUGCAGGGGGUGAUCCUAUGAUGGCAGUGACCGAAGAGCACAAUUCUAUAGCAGGGUCUAAUGCGUUAACGAUUACUUCUCCUCUUUCAAACUUUGUUUCAACGUCAUCUAAUGCUACAAUGUUUAAUUCGAGUGCUCCAAGUAGUGAAGGAACAAUUCUUCUUCAAGGUGAAUCUGGAACUACAGCAACUUGUGAACAAUCUUUAUCAAACGAAAUGCAUUCCGCUCUUUUGAAUGAAAUAAAUUGUACUGCUGAUGUGAAGCCAAGCCCGUUAACAGGAACGAGUGACCCCACACUUAGCAAUGGACCCAUGUCAACGUACACGGGAUUUCCAAGUUCAGCUGCCGGAGCAGCAAGUGGAUUAUCAACAAUUUCUCCUUUCUCACCCCCAAGUCAUUAUGUCAUGUCGCCAACACAAAAAUCGCCUUUUCACCCGACCGCAUCUCAGCUCUCCCCCAGUCUAACUCAACCUUUGUCUAUCAUCAACCCAAGCUGUUUAUCGCCAAGUUCAGGUCUACAGGGAGGGCAGUCUGCUUUCUCUCCAGCUUCUCUUAUUCCAACGGAUCUCUUAUCUCCAUCAAAACAACUCGCAGUCAUCUCGCCUAGCUCGUCAUCCAAGUCACCGUUCAACCUCAGCACGGGGGGUGAUAAUUUGGCUGUUCCAAAAUUGAACUUGCUGUUUGAUUCCAAUGCGUUACCGCACCCUCCAGACACUCCACUCCCUCCUCUUCCUACCGACAAGUUGUCGCCACAGACGCCAAGUAUUUAUGUUGAAAACAAGAAAGAUGCAUUUUCACCAGCACUUCAAAACUUGGUGCUGAGUAAUUCAAAUCCCAUCCUAGUGAUCAGAGGGUUAGCAGCGGCACUUAGAUUAGAUCUUAGUUUGUUUUCAACGAAGACUCUUGUUGAAACAAAUGGUGAACACCAAGUAGAAGUCAGGACACAGAGACUUCAAGCGUCAGACGAAAACUGGGAUGCUGCUGGUGAAAACAAGGUCUGGCUGUGUGAGAGCAGCAGGUCUUAUACAACCAUUGCAAAGUAUGCCCAGUAUCAGGCGAACUCGUUUCAAGAGUCUUUGAAGGAGGAGCAGGACAGACAAGCCGGAAUCAAAGAACCAUCGCAAUCAGACAGUGAUUCAUCGUCAAGCUCCAAGAAUCCUCCGCUCUAUUUGAAACCCAGAGAUAAAAUAAAUACCUCACUAACCUCGUUUUUCUCUGUCCGAACUGUGGUGAGUCCUGGGAACAUGUUAAGCCAUAUUGGUCAUACAAUUCUUGGCAUGAACUCAGUGCAGUUGUACAUGAAGAUACCCGGAUGCAGGACACCAGGUCAUCAAGAAAACAAUAAUUUUUACGCCAUAAAUAUCAACAUUGGACCGGGAGACUCGGAAUGGUUUGCAAUUCCAACCGAAUAUUGGGGCGUUUUGCACAACUUGUGUGAAAAGAAUAACGUCAAUUUUCUAACAGGCUCAUGGUGGCCCAUUCUGGAGGAACUCUACGAGGAGCGUGUUCCAGUGUACAGAUUCAUACAAAGGCCUGGUGACCUGGUCUGGCUUAGUCCUGGGGUGGUGCAUUGGGUGCAGUCGUCGGGCUGGUGUAACAAUAUUGCCUGGAAUGUCGGUCCUCUUACAGAGGAUAUGUACACAGCAGCCAUCGAAAGAUAUGAAUGGAACAAACUACAAGGUGAGAAGUCCAUUGUGGCUAUGCUGCACUUGUCAUGGAAUCUCGCUAGAAAUGUUAAAGUUACAGAAAGAAAGUUGUUUGAACACAUCAGAGUUGUGCUGGCCAGGUCACUUAGGUAUUGUCAGAUUACUGUGGAGAAACUAAAGCAUGCUGGUAUUGAUGUGGUGUGGCAUGGCAAAAGACAAAAUGAAGGAUCUCAUUACUGUGCCCAGUGCGAGGUGGAGGUUUUCAAUAUUCUGUUCGUGACAGGAACCAAGAAACACUCGGUCUAUUGUCAAGAUUGCGCUAGAAAGACCAGCGGUGAUCUUGCUGGAUUUACAGUUCUCAAUCAGUACAUGCUUGAGGAGCUGACUGAAGUGUACAAUAGUUUUAAAUUACAUGCGGUAACCCACCGCGCUGUGGACACUGUGCUAUCCCAGAAUCCUUCCCAGGCUGUUGGCUUGGUCGCUCACGGUGUCAGCAAUUUAGCGUAGUUAACGUUUUUUGAUACUUUUGCGUUUUCUGUUUUGUACAAAAGAGAGCUAUAUUUUCUAUAAUGAACAAAGCGUUAAAUUCAAGCAUCAAUCGAAUUCUCAUGCGAGCUGUACGAUAUUUAAUUUAGGUAAUGGAAGAUUAUAUUUGAAUUUUUCUGCCAGCUCAGCGCCGUGGCCGGUACAAUGAAUUCUAAAAAAAUCAGCACUUUCCUCCGUCAUUUGACAAUAAUACUUUCUCAUUGCAAGAUCCUAGAGGUUUAUGAGCACAUUUUUUGCACAUUUUUUUUUUCUUUUCCUUGUUAAGUUCAAUGAAGCGUCAUCUGUGCACGAUCAUUUCAAUGUUAAUCUUCCCAGGCUGUAGCGUGACUGUCUAAGCUUUAAGCUGUCUAAGCUUUAAGUUUUGAUGUCACUCAAAAAUCGUUUUCGUCACGUCGUGAACACGUGUCACGACUGCGUCAAGAAUCGCUCGUUUUUCUUAGUUAAUCUUAUUGGUUUUUCUUUCUGCUUUUUAAAUCAGCCUCUCUUAUUGAUUUCCAGGUCUUAAAUCAAAGACCUUGAAAGAAAUUUUUUACACCUAUUGCAUAAAAUUUCAAAAAAUCUUGAGGACUACUAAUUAUUGAAAUUCAAGCCGUCGUCAAAUUCUGGGUGUGAGAGGAUUCACCCCACCCCCUCCCCCCUCGUUUUCUCCUGUAAAUUGUAUUUUUGGCUCGGCCUAAAUAAGCCACCAUUCGUAUAAGCUAUCGUAAAUUGCAAGGAUAAUUUCGGUGGUACUCUGUUCGUCUUGUUAUACGUAACAAUCUCGUCUGUAAAUACUUGUCCUAUGGUAGACUGUCUCAGAAUAAUUGUACGCCGCAUUUUUUGUUUGUGCCAGACGAAGGAAUAGCAUCAUCUUACUUUGCAUAACUAGGUUUCCCUCUUUACUUGAACAAAAUAUACUGGUUAACCCUCUUGUUCCCAUCAUUGACCAGAAUGUGAAUUCCCCCCCCCCCCUAGAAUUUUCACGCACUUUCUGGCAAAAAGGUUUUGAGAACUGAGAAAAUUAUCAGCUCAUGGAGAUUGAUUGGAUGAAACACAAAAUUUUCUCAGGGUUUAUCAACAAAGAAAUUUAUGGGUAUCGCGUUGGAGAAUUAAAUUAUCGAUCAUGGGAGAGAGAGGGUUAAUGUUGCGUAGACAUCUUCACGAUCCCUCAGCGUUGCAUGUGAACUAUUUUAAAUAUGCGAUUUCCAAUCGUUCAUUUCAGUAAAAUUAGGUAGUGUAAGAAGAGUGAGAGUUUUAUGACGCUGCAACGCGUUGUGUUGCGUUGAAUUGGAAUCACUGUUAUGGUCAGUAAAGAGAAUUGUUGUAAAUUGUUUUGUAGAAUCUAACACUUUUUGCCAAAGCGUUCAUAGUGCACGCCUGCUAUGGCCUUUUUUCGGGCCAGAAACACAGCACCUUGCAGCAAUAAAACUGCAUCACUCUUCAUUCAAAUUCGGCUUCAUUUCUUUACCAAAAAAUGGAGCUGAAGAUCCAUUCCACGGUUAGUUAAACGUUAGCGUCAUUAGUUCUAACUUAAAACCAUGAGUUAUGUUUGUCAUUUUUACCACACGUUAAUGCACUUUUUAUCCAGUGAAAAUUUAUUCUGUAUCUCUGGUUAAUAUGCCUGUACAAUGAAUUAAUUUGGCAGCAUUCACUGUGUUAUAAAUUGCAUUAGUUGCACAAUAUUCAAUCUAGAUUGUUUUGUCUUGCAACUCCAAUUUUCUUAUAAUGAAUUUCAACUGAUGAACGUUGUUUGGCCAUUGUUACGUUUGUCGUUAGAGUGUUGCUCCUUUUACUCCCAAAGGCCUUGUGUUGUUUUGGAGAGGAUUUUAUAAGGGAGCUACACGAUUGUUCAUUAAAUCGUAGUGGCCAAACAGUUGAUUUGUUUCCUUUUCACCUUGUUAUGCACAACAGUGUGACGACCACACUACGUGAAAAUGCAAACGAAAGGGCAAAAACCACUUACGGAGUCAGUCGAACAGGUCUCGUGAAAAUUCACCAGGACCCUUGUAGUUGAAUAUCAAUGAUGUUUUUGGUUCCAAGAAUGAAACGACUCCUGUACUGUUAAGAUGUUAAGAAUUUUGUCUAAUUGAGGGUUCGAUCUAAACUGAAUAUGUGCAAUUCGCUUUUAAAUGACGCGUUUUCCCGGUUGUUAAACCAAUCAAAUGCGUUGCGCUGUGAUAUAUCGCCACAUUGUGGUGCAGAAUAAAGAUAUUUAUUUCCGUUA